GGGGAGCAAGCGUGGCUGAAGGGUGGAAUAAUGAAGACACUCUCAAGCCAUUAGGGAGCCCUAAGCCUCUUCAUAAUCGUUAUCUUUAUAUGAGUAAGUGACAUCAUUACAAAAGCCACCUUCAUCUAUUCAACAAUUCCUAGUGCAUAAGCCUGCACCCACUGACAUCAGUGGUGAAGGACUGGGCCUCUAGUCACCAUCAGUGAUUGUACUGCAUCAUGAAAGGUACCAUAAAGUGAAGAGUAAGCAGUUGAGAGCUUGUAUUUCUUCAGAGAUCCUACUGUUCUGUUAUCUCCCCAUGCAGGCCAUGAAACCCCUAAUGUGUGGGGCAGGCAAUUAUUUUCCAUUCAUAUGCACUGCCAUUUACAUUAGCAGCUGCAGAGAAUUCCAGAAUAUGCUGAAGGACAAUUUCCAUUUUGGCAGAUAUUGGCUCUGAUAUUGUUAUCUUGGUACAUGUGAACCAAUCAUUACAACUGCAAUGCCAGCAAAAAUGGAUCCAAUGAGGAUGAAACUGACUGUCAUGCAGAGAGCCAGCAGAAGUGCUUGGCACCACUUACAUCCAGAGAUCUUAAGUGGAAUGUAAAUAGUGGAUAGGCUUUUGGGCUGAUCUGUACGGGGUGAAUUUCACCUCUAGUUCAUAGAAUUUUGUACACUAGCUACUUUCUAUGUAUACUUUCUUUGUAUACUUUCUACACGACUGGAAAAAUAUACCCAUAUCAGAAACACUGCAAAGACAUCUGUAUCUUUAUCACCUUAAUAUAUUAAUGGGGAGAAUUAUUCAUCCAUGAAACGGGUGAGCAGAAAACUUGCAGAUUUCACAGUUUCCCCAAGAAAUGGUGCAUUUACAUAAUUCUCAGAACACAGUAUAUUUGGCAUUUAUUAUUUUUUCAUUAUACCUUUAUUCCUGUAAAAUUGAAAAUGCAUACAGCCAAAAGUAGACUAUUUUUGAAGAACAAGUAUUACGUUCAUUUUUAACUACUCUCUUUUCCAGUUUUGAACAUCUUGCUUCCAUCAGUUAGGCUUCUUUUGCAUGGCAUAUACGAAAAAAGCUUUAAUAGUAUAAUCAAUCAUCUUAACAUAUUCUCUGUCCCACAUACAACAACAGUUAUUGUGGUGCAAUUAACAAUGAGUUUUCCAAGGAUUCCUGAUUGUUUUGGGUUUGACUUCUUUUAUCAUGUAGUGAUUAACAGUAAAGAGCUGAAACAUCAGUAUUUUACACUGAAAUGGCCAACAUUACUAUCCAGGCACUGUUGCCCCUAUAUGACAGAUCUCAGAUGGACUCUCAGAGAGUUAGCCAAAAGCAAUAGAUGACUCCAUAAUUUCUAUCUUAUUUUUAAUGAAAAACAACAAAAAGCGACCACAGUGAUUUGCAGUCAGUCUCAGUAGCUUUUAAAGGACUAUUACUCCUCUGAGAUUCUGCCCUUUGUUUAAAUUUUGUUUGACAAGUGCUUUAUAAAUGAGCAGAAGAGGUGGUUUAUGUUUCAUUAAUGAGGUUGAUAGUGGUUAAUUACUGACAUGGCAUAAACAAUCCAAUGCCAGAUCAAGCAGGAAGGGUCAGUUAUGCAGAAAAGAUCCAGCUGGACAAGAUAUGAUUUCCUUUAACUAUCUGAAUACCAAACCAUUUAUAGACAAGAUCUCCUGAGAACUCAAACCCAUAAGAGUUCUGAAUUCUAUGGUUCAGAUUGAUGCUGGGCUUGGAACAUAAAACACGAUUCAGGAACAGCAGCUUUCUGUAUAAGCUGUCUGCGGAGCUCAGACUCCAGAAGACGCUCAUCACAUUUUUUAGACCAUUGACUAGAUGGAGACAUCCUCACUCAUAGGAUGGCCUGUAGAGGGGCCCACAAUGAUGCUAAUGAAUACAAUGAGGCCUCCAAAGUAGUGUGACAUGACAAAUAUCAGAGGCUCUUUCAGGACAGACCCACAGCAUUAUCACAGCUGAUUAUUCUUGAAUAUGAACUUAUAUGUGCCUUCCAUACACUGCACCAUGUUAUUUCCAGCCUCCAGCUCCUGGCAUAACACAACCUGUUCUAUCAAUCUCUGGAGUCUGAAUGUAUGAGUCAAAUAAAGUAAACCUUCCCAGUCAAGCAAAGCAUGCUCACUGAAUUGGGUGAUUUCCUUUGCCAUAAUGCUGUUGACCAGAUAGGGAAAGGCUGUGUGGGAAGUUUGUGUCUCAGAUAGGCUGAAGCGUUGGUCUGCAGAGUGUCUGGAGCCGAAGUGUAUGCAAAGAAACUGAUAAAUAGGGAAAAGGCCCAGUUUGCUCCAGCUGGAAAUCAGAAAGUUGAAGUAACUGCUGCAUCCUCACAGACCCACUCUAGGAAGAGAGGGCAUUCUCUCCAGAACUACUGUAUAUGGUUCCUCCAGAGCUGAAUUGAAGCAUAUUGGUUGGGGACAGUGCUGGCCAGAAGUUUGUACUGCCACUGCCCAUCUUGUACUUGCUCUGGGGAUAUGCACAGAACUUCUGAGUCCAAGGCUAUCAGACUGAUUUUCUUCUUAAAAGCCCAUGAUACACCAAAGUGAAUGAAACAGUUGGAGCUGGAGCAGAGUAUGGCAAAUACCUUUGUAACUGUAUCUGAUGGGUACUGUCUUGCUGAACCCAUUCAAUAUUAUGAUGUUUUGCCAGAGCACAUCAAUUAUCAGCUGCAAGACUCAGACUUUCAGGCUACUCCUUACUGCCAGUAUUCAACUGUUCAGUUUCCUCCAGUGUUACAGUCACAACCUUCCCAGUCACAAUACAACACAUACAGCCUGGAUUCUCAGUACAGUGAUGGGCAGUACGUAAUCAGUAAUUGUGAAUUAAACAAGCCCUCCUGCAUGGUUGCCCAUAAUGAUGAUGAUGGAUAUCAUGGACUAAAAAGGCCAAGACUAAGUCAUUCCUCCUUGCGAAUGAAGGGUCAGGAAGAACUCUGUGUUGUAUGCGGGGACAAAGCCUCGGGAUACCAUUACAACGCGCUCACUUGUGAAGGCUGUAAAGGAUUCUUUCGACGUAGUAUUACCAAAAAUGCAAUAUACAGAUGCAAGAAUGGUGGCCACUGUGAAAUGGACAUGUACAUGCGGAGGAAGUGUCAGGAGUGUCGCCUGAAGAAGUGUAAGGCUGUGGGAAUGUUGGCAGAGUGUUUGCUGACUGAAGUCCAGUGUAAAUCAAAACGACUCCGAAAAAAUUUCAAGCAGAAGAGCAGUUUCCUUUGUAGCAUCAAGGUGGAAGAUGAGGGAGUAAACAGCAAGCAUGUUUCAUCCACAACUAGACCUGGAAAAAUCCAAGAGAGGAUGGAACUUACUCCAGUGGAACAUCAACUUAUUGAUCACAUUGUUGCAGCCCAUCAAAAACAUACAAUUCCCCUAGAGGAAGCAAAGAAGUUUCUGCAGGAAACUGCAAACCCUGAAGAGAGUUUUCUGAGGCUCUCAGAGACAGCAGUUGUACAUGUGCAAGUACUAGUGGAUUUUACAAAGAGACUCCCAGGAUUUGAAAGUUUAGCCAGUGAUGACCAGAUUGCAUUGUUAAAAGGUUCAACAGUGGAAGCAAUGUUUUUGCGUUCAGCCCAGAUAUAUAAUCAAAGAGUUAAUGAAUGCCAAUCAUCAGUGAGUGAAAGUCAUGUAAGAUUUUCUGAUCAUGCUGUGUGUUGUCAUGUUCAAGACCUUGAUAAAAGUACUAUUUAUUCCAUGGAAAUAUCUCGCAGUGAAGAGAGUCCAACUUCCACAACUACCACAGGUAUCACCGAGGAGUUUAUCACUGCACUAUUUUACUUCUACAGAAGCAUGGGAGAACUUAAUGUGACUGAGACGGAAUAUGCCCUACUUGUAGCAACCACUAUAUUUUUUUCAGAUCGCCCACUCCUAAAAAACAAACAACAUGUGGAAAAACUCCAAGAACCCCUUUUAGGUAUUUUGUACAAAUAUUCAAAAAUUUAUCAUCCAGAAGAUCCACAGCAUUUUGCACGCCUCAUAGGGAGACUUACCGAACUCAGGACCCUCAAUCAUAACCAUUCAGAAGUGCUAGUAAUGUGGAGGACAAAAGACCCCAAACUGACCUCUUUACUCUGUGAAAUUUGGGAUUUGCAUUGAACACCUAACCUAUAUUACUGUUAUUACACACAUGGCUGAUUUUCCUUAAACUUGCAGAAAUGCACACUGUUCAGAAACAUUUUACUUUUAUAAAAACAUACUAAAAUUUUCUCUUAUUUUAUAUGGCUGCAGCGUCUUAAAUACAAUAUUUUUGUUGAUAUGUAGUAAUCUAUAUUUUAAACAAAAAUUGGAUGCAGAAGUCGUGUUCUGUUGAACUGAUCCAAUAUUAAACAUAUAAAAUUUAUCUUAAACUUUAUUACCACAAAUGGGGGGGGGUUAGGAUUUAAAUCAGUUUCACAGUUUGAACUGAGUCCCCAGAAAAAAUACAGUAGCAGAUCCUUCACUUAAAAACAAACAAAAAAUCUAAUCGUCCAUUCAAAGUUGUAUUCUGCUCUUACUUAGGUACUAUGAUUCUAAUAUUGUUGUGCCAUUAGACUAAAAAGUUAAUUUCCUGGGAUCUGUUCAACUUGUGCAACAUCUUCCUUGCAAGAAUUAUGUAACCAUGUUGGGAAACUUGACAGAUUUAUAAUCCAGUGGGUCCAAAAGGCCCCAGAAAAAGUAGGAAAAAGGAUACUGUGGCUCAAGUGAAUACUGCAAGUAUGUUAUUAAAACUUUUAAAAUCUUGAA